UCGUCGAGAACAGAGCGUUUUCUUUAUCGAUCGUAAUCGUGAUUUGUUUUAGUUAAACCAAAAAAAAUAAAACAACAAAAUAUAAAAACAAAUGCGGAAACCGAUUUGAAUGUUGAUUUUUAGCAUCUAAAAGUGAAUUGAAAUUGCACGCCUAAAAAAAAAAAAAGCGAAAGUUCAUUGAACGCAAAUUGCUAACUGAAAACUUAAGCCAAUAUUUAAACUAAUUUAUUAUAUUUUUGCCAUGGUGUUGCCGGCUGCCUCGACAUUAUGCAAUGUAUUUACAUUUCUGCUGGCUGGCUCACCCAUUUUCUACAGUGCUGCUCCUCGUGGAUCCUGCUCCACUUGCUGUGCGAUUAAGGAACGCGAGGACAUAAAGUUCAUGCUGUACACUGGCCGGAACCGCAAUGCCGCCCAAGUGCUACACCUGAGCGACGAUGCCCGGCUGGCGCAGAGCAAUUUCAAUUUCAAUUACCCGCUGGCCAUCUAUCUGCACGGUUUUUCGGAAUCGGCCACUGGCGAACGGCAGAGUAGCCAGGAGCUAAAGGAUGCAUUUCUAAGGAGGGGCAACUACAAUGUCAUCCUCAUCGACUGGAGCCCGAUGACAGCGGUGCCCUGGUACUCGAAUGCCGUGGAGAAUCUGCCAGUGACGGCCCGGUAUUUGGCCAGGUUUUUGCGUUUCCUGGUGGACAAGGGUUAUCCAGCGAAGUAUAUCCACUUGAUUGGCUUUAGUCUGGGUGCGGAGGUUGCCGGUUUUGCUGGCAAGCAGUUGCAGGAAUGGGGCAUUAAGCUCCCUAGGAUAACGGCUCUCGAUCCUGCUCUGCCGCUUUUUGAGGGGAAGAGCUCAAACCGUCGCUUAAGUCCCAGUGAUGCUAGGUUCGUGGAUGUCAUCCACACGGAUGGAGGUCUUUUAGGCAAUCCUGCCGCCAUGGGUCAUGCGGAUUUCUAUCCCAAUGGGGGAAGACCUCUGCAGCCGGGUUGUGCCAAGCAAAAUAUUGCCAAUAACUGGUUGGGGAUAAUUGUUGGCUGCAGUCACCAGCGUGCUUGGGAGUACUUCGUGGAGAGUGUGGGACAGCCCCGAGGAUUCCCCGUCCAGCGUUGCGAGACCUCGGAAAUAGUCGGUACUUGCCGGCAACCAGGAAAUAGCCCCGCCUUCAUGGGCAUGGGGGCGGAUCCCAGGAUUCGUGGCAAAUUCUAUCUGGAUACGAACGAUGCCAAGCCAUUUGGACGAAGCAGCCGGCCGAGGGCAAUUGCCUCGCUGGCUCCUCGGCUGCCCAUUGCCUACAAAUUGCCACCUAAUGCCACCAGACAGCCAUCUGUCAGUCGUUGGGUUUUGGGCCAAAAGGAGCAGGAGGACCAAUACGAAGAUGGCGACGAGGAUGAGAACGAGGACAACAAUGCGCUGAGCAACAACAUUGACAGGUUCUCACUGACGUGAUGGAAUUUACACCGGUUUGGCGAAGGAUGCGGGGUAAGGGAUGUAUACACUUUCCCAUUCCCCAAGAGUGUCCUUUGCAGCAUUGGUUGAGAUUUAUGUGGGUUGCGAUUCAGCCCCAUGUUGCAUUCGAAGGCAACUGUUCUUGUGAUCUUUCUCUUAAGUAUUUCUAGCACGUAAUCAGGGCAUUUGUAAGCCGUUUAAAUAAAUAUCCUUAAGUAUAAA